GCGGGGCCGUGCGCGAGGUGGGCGGGGCCGUGGGCGGGGCGUCAGCAGCAGCAGCAGCAGCGUUGGUUGGUGGCGGUGGUUCCCCUCCCCCAACCCCGGAGACUGAGAGGAAGGAGGAGGAGGAGGGAGGAGGAGGAAAACCCACCCGGAGAUAAAGGAGGGCGAGCGCUCUGAGGAAGGCUCGGCGGUGACUUGCACAGGGGCUGUGUGAGCUGAAGGGAGGAGGGGGCUAGGAAAGGGGGCGACUUUGGGUUCCUAGGGACAGGCAGGCCCCACCAGGCAGGAAGGCCCCACUUCCUUCCCAAGAGACAGCCAGUGCCCCCCCCCAACAAGAGAUAGGCAGCGCCAAGCACAGGCCCUCAGACCUUCCCCCCUCUGAAAGGAUCCUCCUUUUCAUUUCCACCCAGAAAAUACACGGCGUGUAGGCCUCUGCUUGCACUGGAGUGUCUGUCUGGGAGAUCUCUCGUUUUUAAACCCAUUGCAUAAAUACCCUGCUCUGAAGACCUUCUUUUUAGAAAACGGGGAAGUUAGGGGUGUUUUUUUUUAAAAAAAUAUUUCUGCUAGCUACUGCUCUCCGAUGGGUUCCUGAAGCCAAAGGCAGGGAGCGAAAAGCUAGGGUAGGGUGGGUGAUUUCUUCCCACUCUCCCAUUUUUAAAUUUUUUUACCCUAAUGGAGGAAGAUGGUCCUCCUAGGAAGCUACCUCUUGGACCAUGACAUGAGCUAGGGGAGGGGAAGAAGCCAAGCUCUCAAGAGCCCAAAUCAUCCCAGACGCCUCCCCAGCCACAAUGGUAAGUUUUAAAUUUAGUAUAUUGGGUUGUUUCUGAUAGUGUGAUCAUGUGUGAUAUCUUGUUAUGUGUGAUACACUGCUAUAUGUGUCACAUGUUCUAUACUGUCAUAUGUGUACGUUGGAAGUAUAAUAAUUCUUAGCAUAUAUUGUGCAUUUCAGGUGUUCAGAACAUUUUGUCUCAAUUCUUUUUUUAAAGAAAGUGGUAUCCUCAUUGUAAAGAUUUGGAGGGUGCGGUGCUUAGGCCUAGAGAUAGAUUUGCCUAAGGCUGCAUGUUAUCUCAUCUUAGCCAUCAGUAUUAGUAACAAUUCUGAGUGGAUGCUUUGCUGAUGGAUGUCUUUCCAAGUAUGUUAAAGGAAUUUAAAAGCAUUCCAAUAAGAUGCUGUUGUUGGAAGGUACCUGGGUACCUGCAGUUAAGUUGUGUUUCAAAGGACUGGCUUCAGGGCCUAAUAGUGUGCUAACAAAGCAUAUUGGACACUGGUGAACUUUGCAACUUAGGAUUCUGAUAUUAUUCCCUGUCAGCUGUAAUAGGUAGCUGGUUGUCAUCAAGGAAAAGUGCUUCAUGCAAACCAGGGCCUUAAAGAGGAAUAUAAGUUCAUGCAUCUGCAGAGCUGCAGAAACCCUUCUGGAAAUGAAAUAAAAUGAAAUAAAGGGCUGUCAUGUGGGAAAUGGACUCACUAUCUAAACUGCAGUCUUAAGACCUCUAAUCUUGCAGUUGUAUUGGCUUGUUUGGAGACAAGACUGUUGAGGGCUUGGGAAGUUUUAUAUGUUGCAGACUGAAAAUCCAUGUUUUGAUUUUCAUGGUUUUCAAUUUAGCAUCUGACUGGAAGCUGUCCUAGGUAAAUGUACAUUGCCUCAUAUACUCAAGAACAGAGCUUUCAAGCAUCUUGCCGCUGAAGUUGGCAUGUAGGUGGUUUGACUAACUAAGCAAAGCAUAGGCAAACUCAGCCCUCCAGAUGUUUUGGGACUACAACUCCCAUCAUCCCUAGCUAACAGGAUCAGUGGUCAGGGAUGAUGGGAGUUGUAGUCCCAAAACAUCUGGAGGGCCGAGUUUGCCUAUGCCUGAACUAAGCUUUCCUUGCUGCCUUUGUGUGUCUCUAGAGAUACUUGCACAUAGAAUAGUAAAUGUUGAGUUUGUGAGGUCUAUAAAUUUACAUUGCUGUGGUGUGUUCUACCUUGGCCACCACAUGGUUGUACUAUCAGUUGGGCAUGGGUUAAUUGAAAUGCUCAUUUGUUCAUUAAAAGUAUCUUCUGCCCAGGGCAGCAAACAUGUCAGUACUAAAGCUAUACAGUUAAAACCUCAAAAAAUGUGGAACCACCUCCAAGAACGCCAUUACAUGGGUCACCACCAAUGUGGCCUCCUCUGGUGGCCAUAAGGCCCAAGGUGGUUGAUACUGGAAAAUACACUCUUUUUGAUACUUGGGUCCUGAGCCAUUUAGGGCUUUGUUUGCUAGUACUAAUAUGUUGAAUUGCGCCCAAUCGUUCACUGAUGGACAGUGCAGUGCUCUAAGGAUCAGUGGUCCCACAGGUCUACCCCACUUAACAGUAUAGCAGCCACAUUCCUCACUAGCUGUAGUCUCUGGACUGCGAAGAUAGUAAAACAAAUUGUAGUGGUCCUCCAGGUGGGAGGUCACCAGAACAUGAACAGUUGAGGCCAGGCCAUCCCAAUCUGCUAAGCGGAUGAGAGGAAUUUGCUUCAAAAGAAUUUAAAAAAUGCAAGCAAGUAACCAACCCUUCAUAUAAGCUAGUAGAGGCAUGGAUGUAGUAAUAAGAGUUGGAGAGGCUCUGCAGCAAAUGAUGCUAUUGUGUGUCAUUUGAAAAAUGGAUGACACAUUUUUCAAUGACUUCUUCAGACCUGGCCUCAAAUGUUUAGGUGCCUUUGGAUUACUGGGUGCCUUGAAUGUUUACAGUCAUAUAAUUCUCCCUCUUAUUUAAGCAUUCAAUCCAAGAGAAAAGUCCAUGUAUGCACGGACAUUCCUCCACCAAACACACCCCACUCUUAUAUAAAUUGGAUGGCUUAAUCAUUGCACUUCUAUGCAUGAGACUCAAAGCUCGAAUUGUUCAUUGCCGCUUUAUUUCCUGUUCUCUUUGAGCAAUUUGAGUCAUACUGGCUUGAUCUAUUGAAUUCUUUUCUCCAAGUUGUAAGUGAGAGGAGGAGCAUGCUGUGUCUUUAGUAUAAUUCUGCUGCAGAGUGCUGUUUUGAUCAUUGACCAAAGAGUUUUUUGCUGCUAUAAAGGCCACUGGUUAGAACCAUCUUCCAUAGGAAAGAAGCAUGUAUGGUUAAAGCAUUUGCUGGCACAGGUAGUGUUUUGAUGAUGGUGGUGACAAUUGGGGGUCCACAAACUUUGACUGGUCUUGGUAGCCAACCAAAAGUUUUUGGUCUUCGGGGCUCUCACAUUAGGAAUAUGGACUUGUCGCUGACCUCACACGGUGCAUCUGAAUUCACCAUGAAGAGGGUGGUAUGCCUUUGAAGGUGCAGUACCAAAACCCAAGUGCCAGGUAUACUAUCAACUUUGGGGAGCGAGAUGGAGGGAGAAUUAUCACUAGAAGGUGAGCACAACUGUGGGAACGUUUCCAGUCCCUUUCUCCAUUUCCAAGGUUGGGAGGAAGCUUGGGGGCUCAUCAGAGGGCUUGCCAUGGCAAGCGGAAUUGUGAAAUCCUGAUAUUGUUGAUGGCAACAAUAGCAUUUGCAGAGCACUGAGCAGGGUAUUUAGAGUGCUUACAUUAUUGCAGAAGCCUAGGGUGGUGUACAAAAGGAUUAUCCCAGUUUACAACAGCCCUCUCAGGUUAGGAUGUGAGAUAAAGACUCUCCGAGUCCCCCACUGAAUUUCAUGACAGAGAGGAAUUUUUAACCUGUGCCCCAUUACACCAUGUUAUCGCAAUAAUCCUUAUAUAUAGGUCAAUAUUCUUAUCCUCACAUUGCAGUGGUAGAGGAAGCAGGGAUAAAAAGUUAAUAGGUUGCCUAAAGACACCCAUAAGGUUCAUAGCAGAGAUGAGACUAGAAUUGAUGACUUCUUUGUGUAUAGUUCAUUGUAUGGUUAGCACCUGUGGUACCCUAGCUCUAAAAGUUUUAAUUAGAGCUAUUUAUUUAUAAUGAAAUUUUAUGUCUCACCUUUAUAAGCAUGUGCCACUCAAAAGUUUCUGUUGAAUGCAGGGGACGAAAAGGUCUUGGGUGUGGGAUAAGUUAUUGAACAGGCUCAUGUACAGGAGAACAAUCACUUCUUCCCAUAAGUUAUAUCAUAUUCAAGUUAUUUCCUGCUUCUCAUGCCACUUUCCCCUGUAACGAUUGUUAACAUCGAAGGUCCACAAACUCAUUCACCUAUUAGAUGAGCAGGGUUUGAAAUUAGCAGGGCGCCAGGAGCAUUUCGUGCCUAAAGAUUCUCCAUUUGCGAGCACCUCAAAAGGUCUGGGUGCCAUUUUUUUGCACCUGGCUGACUGAAAUGUAUGUGCUUUGAAGCCCUGAAGCAUAUGUUAAGGAUAGACAGUAUGUUAAACAAUAAAGAGUAGAGUGUUUUGAAAACUGAAGUAUGAUACCAAUAUUUUUAUUGUAAACACCAAAUUAAACAUGUAUUAACAAUUUCUGUUAAAAAUGUGAUAUUAACAAUGUGUCAAUUAUGUGAAUUGUGUAGUAGUUCAUGCUUAUCAAAAUAAAUAAAAAGAAAGUGUUACUGCCCCCCCAAUGGCAACUAAACAUUCUGUUUUGGCACCCACAACCCAAGUCCCAUGAGCCAGUUGGCUCCUAGCUUUUCUAUCCCAGUUUCUAACACUGUAGUCAAGGUAACCUGGUGAGGGCAAUAUCAAGGAGAAUUCCUAUACUACUACUGAACCGAGAAGGAUGGAGAAUCUCCCUGGCAGUUUCCUAAGCCUUGCAGAUACUUUGAGAGCCGCGAGACUUUUCUCUGAUUGCUGGAAUGUCUAUACUCAGCACAACAGGCAUGAACUGUCACUUUUUUGCAGUUCAGCAUGGUGGAAGAAGGAAGAACCCCCUCCUUCCUUCCCCACAACUUGCAAUGGACCUUGAGCAGCUGCCAUGCAAGCCACUUCAGGGGGUGCAGGAUCAGAGCAAGCAGAAAUGUGGCCAACUACCAAGGCCAGUCAAAAUUGAUGGGCCGCUGAUUAAAAUGUGUGUGCAAAACCAGAUUUGAAGUUUUCAUCUCAGACAGGUGCUCAGUGUUUUUCUUCAGGCUUUUUCUCACUGAACAUGUCUGACUAUUGAAGUGACGGAUGUGUAUCUUCCACCCACUUCCUCAAAUGUAGCUUAAGAAUCUACAUAGGGAGAAAUAGUGGAACAAGCAGACUGAACUGAGGAAACAUAUUGGGUGUAUUUUGUGUACUGUGUGUAAUGAGAGGGCACUGCUCUUCUCCAUUGCAGCUUCACUAUGACACACAUCUAAAACCACUGGAGUCUGUUAUUUCAGUAUUUCUCCUCUCUGCUAUCAAAGACAGCUUUCCUGCUUGUCCAAGUAAUUUAAUACGAACUCCAUGCAAUUCUUUGUUUUCGGUCCCCACUUUGUCAUUGAUCUUUCUGGUAAGAAGUAUAUUAUGUCUUUCUUUUUCAAGUUCUAUGUAGUUUGCCACUGAUUUAGAAAGGUCGUUGGGCUCUGGCAUGUGUCAACUGGGGAAAUAUGCCUAAGUGGAGGUGGAGAAGGAUGUCUUUAAUGCCUGUUAAUAUUUGUUUUCUAUUAGCUGGCUGGAUAACCUUUUGAGUGUGCUGUAUUUGCCAGGAGCAGUGUGAAGAAUGCUGUUCUAACUAUCCUGAGAAACCCCAGAAGAGAGCUGGGUUCAGUUUACGUCCCCUGGUGUGAUUGUCAAUUAAGAACUUGACCCAGAACAUUUGAGUACUUGUCAAAGCACUGCCCUAACAACUAAUUACCUGUGCUGUGAUAUGCUCGUAUGCCUGCAUAAGAAACCUGAUUCCCUCAAUCUUCUCAAAUCUGGCCAGACUGACUUUAGCACCUUUCUUUAGUGGAGGGCACUCCAUUAAAGCUGGAUGCACUCUUGAAUUAUUUUGACCUGAUCUGACUACUUGAGUAUCUGUGGCUACCUUGCUAAAGCUAAGCAUAUGUGAGUCUGGUUUGUGCCUGAAACCCUUGAGUUCACCACGGGGGUGUGGAGGGAGCAAAAGAAGAAUGUAAUAAGACAGGUAUCUUCAAUCUUUUCAGACCCACUUUUAACCCCAGCAUUCAUUUGGGGACCCUUUAAAAAAAUAUUUCAUCAUAUAUUUGCAUGAUGGUAGUGCUCCUGUUGUGACCUACCUUUGAUCAGACCGUGAUCCUCCAGUUGAAGAUUAGUGUACGUACACCCCCCAUCCCCGCUUCCACAUCACUUCUAAGUAAACUUGGGUCUCUCUUUUUAAAAAAGCAGCCUUUGCUCCAUUGCUUAAAAGGAAGAUAUUGUGUGUUUGUGAAAACACAGUGCAUCAGGCCUACCCUUUCUCUUGCCCACAAUCCUUGUUUGCUUCACAUUUUGAAUACCAUUACUUUUAUCAGAAUAAAUCAUGCCAAUUUAUGCAGACUUGUUCAGAGAAGGCUGGCUAAUUCAAGAGCACCUAAAUCUAUAUUUCAAGCCAUGUUAAGAAACCUCACACUGGCAGGCAGUCUAAACUUGUGGAAUUGUUUGCUACCUAUCAGAAUGACUCAAGGUGAGAACCUAACAAGUACAGGAGCUAAAAUGUCAGAUUUGGAUAAAUUCUCAUCUAGCUGCAAAGCAUGCUGAGCUGGCCCUACUAAAACAGAGUGUGACUUCCUUAUAGUUUAGGCUUCAUCUGAAAAUGAGCCAGAGUUGUGAACUACUCUGCUGAAAAGUGCUGUAAAAUUUAUUUCAGGAUCUGAGAGAGAUUAUAGCAUGAGGCGGAAAAUGUGGUUAGAUUAGGCUGUAAAUGAUUACCAUGCACACAUCAAAUAUGUUAGAUCAGUGGUUCUUAAAGGGUGUGAAAGCCCAACCACACUGGUGUGGCAUACAGGAGAGGAUGGCAGGAAGAUUCAAGGGCAAUCAAAGAAAUAUUUAAACAUUUCAUUGUAAUAUAGUAUAGCGCAGUGUCAAAAUUAUAUAUAUAUAUAUAUACACACACACACACACACACACACACACACACACACACACGCAGUACCCACGCUUCACUUCAAGAGGUUACUCUUCUGCAGUUCUCCACAAUAUAUUGUUGUGAACAAGGAUUUUCAGGUUUGACAACUAUGGAAGACCAGAAAAGAGAAAGGCUUAUUUGUGUUGAUGAGGUGAAAGUUUGUUUGUCUUAAAUUAGACCUAAUAUAAAUGAGAUUACCCAGCAUAAAGCAAGCUCACACCUUUGUAUAUAGGUAAAAAGGUAAAGGACCCCUAGACGGUUAAGUCCAGUCAAAGGUGACUAUGGGGAGCAGCGCUCAUUUAGCUUCAGGCUGAGGGAGCCGACAUUUGUUCACAGACAGCUUUCUGGGUCAUGUGGCCAGCCUGACUAAACCGCUUCUGGCGCAAUAGGACACCGUGACGAGUGCCAGAGUGCACAGAAACGCCGUUUACCUUCCUGCCAUAGCGGUACCUAUUUAUCUACUUGCACUGGUGUGUUUUCAAACUGCUAGGUUGGCAGGAGCUGGGACAGAGCAACAGGGGCUCACCUCGUCACGGGGAUUCGAACCGUCAACCUUCUGAUUGGCAAGCCCAAGAGGCUCAGUGGUUUAGACCACUACCCAUAGUUGCCUUUGACUGGACUUAACCUAGGCUUGCCAUAUUUCAAAAAGUAAAACAGACCCCAAAUUGUUGAGCUUUGUGGUGUAUAUGAUGCCACGCGAAAAUAGGUUUAUUGAGGAUGAAGGUGGUGUGAGGAGAAACGGCAGUUGGGCUGAAGGGAGAGGAAGGGGAUGGGGAGGGCAACUAACAGGUGUGCGCACACAAAGAGAGACUGGCCCCACGUGCUGCCCACCAUCCACCCUCAACGACACACUCUCUUCUCUUGGCUGCCCCCCCUUUUGCCAUUGGUGCCCUUCUAGGCAGCCUCAGAGACAGAGAGAGACUAGUAGUUUGGGGCUGUGCGGUGCAUUAGAGCUUCAACGAAAAUGCUUGUUUCCCUUGGCCUUAAGUGUUUCAUGUGGUUUAGCAUUUGGUCAGGAUUUGCCAUAUUUACCUCUCAUAUAUUGUUGCAAUCAAUAUUCUGUUUUGAGCUGCUGAUUGAAGACAAAUGAGGUUAACAGCUUGUGCUCAUAAUGUUACAGCUUUUAAAAAUAUCCCAUUUCCAAGCACAUGCUCCAACAGAACCAAGGUUGAAUUCAUUAGUCCCAGUGUUUGGUGGUGCAGGGAGUACUUCACUACGGUGUUCACAACUCCCAUUGCUCUAGGCACAUUUUGUGACAGGGAAUUAGAUUAGCAUGAGCAGUUUCUGAGCUCUGGGCGCUGAACUGCGCCUACGAUUUCAGAUUAAAACUGCAGAGUGGAAGGAAAGAAGGACCUUUUUCUGCCUUCCCACUUCCAGCUACUCUCUGAAGACUGGAGAAGAGACCCUCUUAAGAAUAUUAGGAGGGGGUGGGCAGGGGAAUGACUAGACCAUGUGAAAAAUGGAACAUAAUAUUUUAGCUGCAGUUCAUUCAUUUUCACUUUUGUAUUCUGGUUAUAAAAAAGCGUGCCCGGACAUUCCGUUGUUGCACCCAUAAUCUAGGUUGAAGGUGCCAUUUAGCUCAGUUUUUAACACUGCUUCACUGCUCUUUAGACAUAGCAGCUGAAAUCUAAAAAAUGAGUUUCUUUUGUAUUCUAAAGAGCUCACUCGGAACCCAGCCCACUGGAGUAUAGGAAUUAUAAAAAAUUUCCCAAAUCUUCAUGCUUCCUCUUCCAGAGAGCCUUUUAUUUUGAAUUAUGCACUGAUGGAAUUAAAACACAUCCUUUUUGUAAAUGUCUGGCAGUGCACAUGGAUUCAGAGUUGAAUACAUUUGGAAUUGCGGGUAGAAUUGCAGCAUGGCUGAGAUUCCCAUUUUACAGAUAAGAAAAGUGGAUAAGAAGGAACAGUUUGAGCCAUGGCAAGCUAGGAAAGACCCCAGUUUUCCAGAAUUGUUCAGCAUUGUGUCUACGAAGGCCAGAAUAGGGUUCAGAAGGUAACCUUGGAAGGUGUACCUGGUCUUUGUCUGCUGCUGCAGGGGGAUACAGUACUUGGCAAUAGGUUAUCUUUUGUUGUUGUUGACCUCUUUUCUUAUCCUGAGUUAGACAACUGGUCAAUUAAUUCAGUAUUGUCUACAGUGAAUGGCAGCAGCUUUCUAGGGUUUCAGACAGGGGUCCCUCCCAACCCUACUUAGAGAUGCUGGAGGUGGAACCUGGGACCUUUUGGAUUUUGAAUCCCAGUGCAAGGCAAAGGAGUACAGAAUAGCUGUUCUGAGCAUUCUGGCCAAGCAUGGAACCGGGAAAGAUUUUUUUUAAAAAAACCUUUUCGAAAAUAUUUGUAUGUAAUAGCAUACAAAGUAGCUUAGAGAACUGAAGAAAAAGUAUGGUAGAAAGUCUUGUGUACAGUUCUGCUUUUGCAUCUGCUGUCAAAAAUGUGAUUAAAGAAUAACUUAGAGUCCUUAGAGCAUAUAAACGCAGGAUUGGUUUUGACAACCGUCCAUUCUUUAUCGUUAUUAGAAUAACCUUCUCUCAACAAACAUUCUUAAGGGAUAGGUUUCUAUUUUAAGCUUAUGAAGAGAAUAUGAAAAUGCAGUAUUUUGUUGCUAAGAAACAAACUGCAGUGUGUAAGCCUGUCUAAAUGUAGCUUUUGUAAAGGUGUUUCUGAGUUCAGAACUGGUUAAGUAUAUUUUUCCUUACCACUACUUUCCAUUGGAAAUUGAGGAAAUCCAGUUGUAACAGGGUGGACACUCUAGAAAUGUAGUUUUGUAUGUUAAAAGCUAAAAAUAUUUUUCAGGCAUAGUUUUGGAAAGCUCUCUAGAACAGUUGCGAUGCUGGAUUCCUUGAGCUCUGGCUGCCUGCUUUUGUCAUUUAAUACUGAAUAUGCAACAAUAGUUAGGCUUCAUUCUCUGUGUAACAUUUUAAAAGCAAAUUAUUACCUGUUCUAACAAUACUUCGGCUAUCUUAUUCAUCCAUAACUAUUAGUAAGAUGACUAGGCUGUGUACACUCUGUUACUUAGAGCACAUUCAAAGCACAUUUCUCCCCUCAAAGAAUUCUGGGCAAUGUGGUUUGUUAAGAGUUGCUGAGAAUUGUAGCUCUUUGAGGGGUAAACUACAGUGCCCACAAUUCUUUUUAGGGGGGACAUGUGAUUUGAAUGUACAGUACCUCGGUUCCCGAACAUAAUCAUCUUGCUCUCAGCGGAAGCCACAUCACAUGUUCGGGUUCCAAAAAACGUUAGAAAACGGAAGCAUUUACUUCCAGGUUUUUGGCGUUUGGCUUCUGAAACAUUUGACAGCGGGGGCAUUUGGGAACUGAGGUAUCACUGUACUUUAAAGGUGUAUGUUGUGCAUGCAGCCUUAGGCCCUGUUAGACGAGCUUGUUUGAGCUCACCUUACUCAUCCCUUCCUCUCUUGUGUGCAAAUUCCCCUGCCCUCUUCUUCCUAGGUAUGCCCAGUCUUGAUCUGUAAACCCUGGCUUUGGUACUUAAACAGAUCCUUUGUUCCAUUAAGGGCUCUGUGAACUCUGCCUCCACACUUCCAAAUUCUGUAAUAAGAAUGCCCAAAUGUGCUUGUAAACACAAAACUUAAAUGGAUCUACACUGCAUAAUUUUGCUCACAAGAUUGAGGAGGGGUUUUGGUUUUUUAAUUUUUUUGUGAGGAGAAUGUUUGAUAGAUUAAUUAAAGAAAAAAAAACCUUAGAGCAAUAUUAGGUUGAACUAGGGGAACCUAAUGUUAACACUGUUCUUGAAAUGUCAUUGUCAGGCAUCAGAAGAGGCCUCGCUGCGAGCUUUGGAGAGUCUAAUGACAGAGUUUUUCCACAAUUGCACUACUAAUGAAAGGAAGCGUGAGAUUGGUAAGCUCAGUAUCAUUUCCACAUUCUCCAACCUCAGUACCAAAUGCCUUUGGCUAGGCAUGACACCUGAAAGGAUGGCAACAGGUUUCAUAGCUAAGAUAUUCUCUGAGUAGUUCUACCAUUGGAUGCAACCCAGUGUAUAUUUUUUAUAUGUCCACUUCAAUUCAUAUUUCACUGCAUGCUUAAAGCUCCUUGAAUGCAACCAAAGCUUUCAGAAACACAUAGGCCUCCCUUGACUGGAGGGCAGAUGUCAUUUGGAUGAUCAAAGUACUAAUAUCUGUGCUUAGUGCUUGAUCAAGUCUUGCUUAAAGGUAAAGGGACCCCUGACCAUUAGGUCCAGUCAUGACCGACUCUGGGGUUGCGGCGCUCAUCUCGCUUUACUGGCCGAGGGAGCCGGCGUACAGCUUCCGGGUCAUGUGGCCAGCAUGACUAAGCCGCUUCUGGCGAACCAGAGCAGCGCACAGAAACGCCGUUUACCUUCCCGCCGGAGCGAUACCUAUUUAUCUACUUGCACUUUGACGUGCUUUCGAACUGCUAGGUUGGCAGGAGCAGGGACCGAGCAACGGGAGCUCACCCCGUCGCGGGGAUUCGAACCGCCGACCUUCUGAUCGGCAAGCCCUAGGCUCUGUGGUUUAGACCACAGCACCACCUGCGUCCCUAUAAGUCUUGCUUAGAAGCCCCCAAAAACCUACAUGAAUGAAUAGAUGUGUUACAAUGCCUCUUGAGCUGUGAAUUAGUGAACCACUCAGAAGGAAUUGUUACUACUUCAGGCAAGUCGAUAAUGGCAUUUCCUAUAUGAUGUGCUGUUAUAGAGGUGGGGGUCUCCAACAUGGAACCCAUGGGCAUCACUGUGCCCUCAGAUACCCUCUCUCUGACACUGCCAAGACCCCCCUCUCGCUCCCAAUCUUUAAUUUUGUUUUGUAUUAUCUUUUGGAGAAAAUGACUCUUGAGGAGACUGGCUUGUUUGGGGGGUUUACUCUUCUGAGUAUUCCAGUUGUUGUUCUGUGAAAUUAGCAUUUUAUGGUGCCAACAACAACUUUUUAGAUUUCUAGAUGUGUCUCUGGGCCCCAAAAGGCCAGGUACCCCUGCCAUGUAGACUCUGUGCCUUCUUUACUUAAUAGAUGCACAAGCAGAAAUGCACAAAUGGAAUUCAGAACGUAUGUGUGUGUUAUUUAGCUUUUUGUGGAACUGCAAAACUGCAAGUUCUUACUUUCUCCCACUUGCUGCCGCCUCCUGCAUCCAUUUCAGCAUGGGAAUAGUCUGCAUACCACAAUAUGCCCCCAGAGGACUCUUUCAAAAGAAAUUUUCUCUGCUGGGAGGCAUGAGCUAGGUUCAGAGCCAUUAUCUUUAGGUAUCCAGUCAUUGGAAGGGUGAUUCAAGUCUGACGUGAACCAUAAUGAGAACCUAUUAUCCUUCUCUUGACUCCCUUUGGAUAAGUUGUUUUGAGUCAAAUUUAGAUGCAGAGGUUGACCCACCUCUUUAAACGUGCAGUUGGCUCAAUCAUGUGUAAAGCAGGAGUUCUAAUUUUAAGAAUGAAAGGGGUACACGAGGAGGAGGGGUUGUUGAAAUUGCUCCCCCUCCCUCCACAGGUUACCUCACCCCCACAAUCUUGUCUUCCAGAAGUACCAGAAAUGAACCUGGCAUAAGCAGUGGACAUGGAGAGAAAUUAGUACCCCUUACCUGUUUCUUCCUUUGUUCUCAAAGCAGAAUGCACACAGGACACACACCCUUUCCUUGCUUGACAUGUGCUCAGGUCAGGGCUGCAAUUAAAGAGACCAGUCUUACAGCACCAUCAUGUCUAGUGUGUUCCUUGGACCUGCCAGACUCCCAUGUCUGUUACCUAAAUUCAGAAGCCCAUUGUUUCCUUUAGAAAUCUGCUUGGCCUUCCCUGCUUUCCACCAUUGGAUGAUAAACGCAGAGAGCUAGCAGUCCUGAGCUUCCUUACUUUUAUGUUCAAGAAGGUACUAUAUUUUGUACCCCAGGUUGCCCCAAAGUCCAAUUGCAUAAUAACCUGCGAGCCCUUCCCUGCCCCCUGUGUAAGGUGUAGUUUAUUUGGAACUAUUGAAUUGGCUAUUGAAUUGCCAAAUGACUUGAAAUUCUAUGAAUUUUAACACAGUUUUUGGCGUUUUUUUUUAACCAGAGGAGCUCCUGAACAACUUUGCCCAGCAGAUUGGUGCCUGGAGAUUCUGCCUCUAUUUCCUGUCGAGCACAAGAAAUGACUAUGUAAUGAUGUACAGUUUGACAGUGUUUGAGGUAAGGUACUAGGCAAGAGUAAACUUGCUCAAAGCAUGCCUCUUACAAGUUCUGUUUCACUCCGUUAACUCUGUUGUGGUGAUAAUUCGAGCUGGUCCAGGGGUAUGGAUAGCCUUGGGUCCCCAGAUGGUAUUGGACUAUAACUCCCAUGAGCCCUGGCCAGCAUGGUUGCGAAUGAUAGGUACUAUAGUCCAGUAACAUCUGGGGACCCAAGGUUGGAAAAGGCUGCCUUAGAUUAUUCUUCCGCUAUACCAUCAGAUUGUUUGCUGUGUUUAAUGACAACGUUUUGCACUAUGAGUAUUUCCCAUUCCAUACAGAGCAGCAGAGGUGAUGAGUUUGAAUUGAUUUUUUGUAACCCUGAUUUAAAGAUAGCAAAUGUUGGUCACCUGUUAUUCUUACAGAUGGGUUUUCCUUUUGGCAGACAGAUUUCCAUUAUCUUGUUUAUUUAUUGCAUUUUAUGAGAUAAUUCCCAAGAAUUUCAGUCUAGCCUUAGUAUUAAUGAUCACCAUUAAAUAUACCCCUUGUUUUUUGUUAGCUGUCUUGAAAGGUUAAAUAUUUUCUGCUCUGGCCAUGAACAGGGACAUGCUUUAGGUGCUAAGUAGUAGGGUUACGAUUUCCCCUCUUUACGAUUCCCUCUUGGGAAUACAGUGGUGCCUCGCAAGACGAAAUUAAUCCGUUCCGCGAGAGUCUUCGUCUAGCGGUUUUUUCGUCUUGCGAAGUAACCCUAUUAGCGGCUUAAUGGAUUAGCGCUAUUAGCGGUUUAGCUGCUAUUAAAGGCUUAGGGGAUUAGCUGCUAAAAGGCUAUUAAAGGCUAUUAAAGGCUUAGCAGAUUAGAUAAAGGGCGGGAAAAGCGGAAAAAAAAAUCUCAAGACUCUCAAGACAUUUUCGUCUUGCGAAGCAAGCCCAUAGGGGAAUUCGUCCUGCGAAGCAACUCCAAAACGGAAAACCCUUUCGUCUAGCGGUUUUUCCGUCUUGCGAGGCAUUCGUCUUGCGGGGCACCACUGUACAUCGUUCAAUUGUAAGCAAAUACUUUACUGUUUAAUUCCAUUACUAAGUAAAUAUUCUGAAGCAGAUUUCCAGAUAGUCAGCAUUUUCCUAGAUUUGGUAUUGUGCCCUCUAGGUUUAAUAUGAUGACUGUCAGCUCUUAAUAGUAGCCGUAAGCAAGAUAUUUCAAAGAUUCCAAGUUUAGUACAAAAUGACACCUCACUUUCUUUUGUUCUUCCCACAGAACCUGAUUAACAAGAUGUGGCUUGGGGUUCCAUCACAAGAUAAAAUGGAGAUUCGCAGCUGCCUGCCCAAGCUUCUUUUGACUCACCACAAAACUCUGCCUUACUUCAUUAGGAACAAACUUUGCAAAGUCAUUGUGGAUAUUGGCCGGCAAGACUGGCCAAUGUUCUACCAUGACUUCUUUACAAACAUCUUACAGGUAAGGCAGUCCUUAGAAAAUCCUUGACUGAAGUCGGCUUUCUUGAGCAUGUCCAAAUGAAAAAUUUGAGAGAGGGAAUGAUGGCCUAAUAUGUUAGUACAUUUUCAGUUUUCUUGUUGAAGGGAAACCAAAGGAUAAAAUUGUGAUGUGUUUCCUAAAAAUCCUUUCAUUUUGUUAAAGCCUAGCUUGUCUUACAUAAAUAUAUCAUCUUCAGUAACACAGCUGUCUAAAAUCUGCUAACUUUUAGUUCUAGUAUAAGAGAGCAUGCUAUGAACCCAAGUGCCAUAGCUAAAAUUUUCAUUUAGCCAUGCUCUUAUUUGAAUCAUCUCACCAUCUCUCUACUUCAGCAUGCUAUCUGUAAUAUGCAUAUAAUAAACUAGUCUACCUUUCAAAGUUAGUGUUAGAAUUAUGUGAUAUAUAUUGCUCUCAGAAAACAGCAUUUUAUAAAUGCACGUUGUAUUAUUAGAAUUGCCAUAUCACAGGGAGCUAGCAUUUUCAAGUAAAUGAUUAAAAAUCUGUACUGUUGCUUAGACUGGCUUCACACAUUGCUUAUUCUGGUGUGGAAGUCCAUCUCCAUGCCAGGAAAAGCAGGUAUUGUGUUAUGUGUGAACAGUCUUGCCAGUGUCUGUCAACUUGGGGGACAUCCAUUAUGUGUAAUGGCUACACAAAGUUGACAGACACUGGCAAGACUGUUCACACAUAACACAGUACCUGCUUUUCCUGGCAUGGAGAUGGACUUCCACACCAGAAUAAUUGGUCCUCCAGAGAUGCACUCUGUUGUAACAUAUAAGUGCAUCUCUGGAGGACCAAUUCCUGUAUUAUGCUGGUACCAUUUUUUAUUUUUUUUUGCUUUCUUUUCUCUCUCAUUCAAUAUUCCAGGUAAUUUUUGCCCUUCUGUUUACUACAAUGAAUAUAUAGCUCUUUCCCACUUUGUCUUUCCACUGAUGUCUUUGGGACUAGAAGAUGGCAUGUAGAAGCUUUCCUGUUCAAAAACACUGUAGAGAUAAGAUGUCUGCAUUCUAAGGCUAAAUUUAUUGCCCCCCCCCCUUUAGAACUCUGUAGUUCAUCUACCAAAUUCAAAGAAGCUGUUGUCUGCUAAUACUUAAACCUGACUUUCCUAACAGUUGAUCCAAUCCCCUGCGACAACUCCACUUGGGCUGAUCAUGCUGAAGACGACAUCGGAAGAGUUGGCAUGCCCACGGGAGGACCUCAGCAUAGCAAGGAAGGAAGAGUUGCGCAAACUGCUCCUGGAGCAGGUUCAGACUGUCCUUGGGCUUCUCACAGGUUAGUGGAAAUGACAGACAUGUGGUGGUGGAGGGGGCAGCAUCCUUGUAUUAAAAAGCAGUACAAAAUAUGAGACCCUGAUGAGACAACGGUCAUAACUUCCUCUGACAUAAGAAUACAGCAGAACUAUUAAUUCUCGUGACGCCUAAGCAAACAAUAUGGAGCUCUCUGCUGCAAGGCAUGUACUGACUUCCUCUGUCAGGCUUGGAACAAUGCUUUCCCUGGGUGCAGGAGCAGCCUUAGUUUACAUGAAACUGUUACUUAAUGUAGUAUAAUGGGAACUCUCAUGCAAUUGCUGGGGAUUUUGCUCUUCUUUUCUGAUAGGUAUUUUGGAAAGCAUCUGGGAUAAGUACAGUGUCACUGCUGCCACUCCACCACCAUCUCCAACUUCAGGAGAAAGUGGUAAGGUUUGAACUAAUCAUUAAUGAUUUUUAAACUGUGGAUUAAGACCUACCUACGUGGGAAGAACUAUGAGGUGUUGUCCAUUAAAGAAAAGAAAUUCAUUUCUCAAGCUGUAGGGGAGCUGCUGAAGUACAACACCUUUUUAUACUGUGGACCAUAUUGAGAAGUGUCUGUGGUGUGCAAUCAUUGCCCUAGUUCCUGGCUGGAAAGGAACCUUAUUGUAAAUUCCUUUCUUAUGAUCCAGGGCUUCUGACACUUACCCAACAAUGUGGCAAGGAGCCAUGCUGCAGUGGCACUCUGGCUGCUUGGGCAAUGUUGUAAUGAACCCUUCUGAUGACAUACAUUCAUUCAUCUCAUUCUUGGCAGAUGUGCCACUCAUAAUGCUUAUGAGUGUGUGCCAGAAUAUGGCAAUUUAUACUUGCUCACUUCAGAAAAAUGAGAGGAGUAGUACAACUUAGUUGAUGUAACCAAAAAAACCUAAUCUUGCUGAAUAAAUUCAGUCCAGACUAAUGCAUGAUUUAAAUGGGGAGAAGCUCAGUGGGCUUCCCUGCGUACUUAGUUAAACCUCAGCAUAACUUUCAAACAGAAAAAGGGAAUGGAUGCUCAGAAUAUAUGCACCUGGAAAAAGAUUCUUAAUCAAGGGACUUCAGUGUGUAGCUGUGGACUGCCAAAUGUCAUGAAGAUUGAAAAACAUUGGGAAGUUUGGGAACCUCAGUCUGAUCCUCAGCACAUACAUGCUUGUGAGCAGCUUGCUGUAAGCUACAGCUGAGACUUCAGUCUGUGAAAUAGUGGGUGGAAAGUCAGAAAUGAUAAAACAUAGUGUCUAAAAAUGUGAGCAGGGAGUUGAGAUGUCCCUGAUUCAAAUUUUGCCUCAACUAGAACCUUGACUAGUUGGAUGUAAUGCAACCCCACCACCACCCACACGUAUUCUGAAAUUUAGGAAUGCUAAUACUGGUCUAGUUUAGUGUUGUUAGGAUCACCAAGAGAAAAUAUGUGAACUGCUUUGAACAGUCAAGUGUGCUAUAUGAAUGUUAGGAAACAGUGAAGCUCAUUGUGUGAUCUUGGACCAGCUACUAUCCCUUUGUUUCACCUACCCCACAGGGAUGGGGCUGGAGGCAAAAACAAGUCUGUUAGAAUAAAGGACAGGGUUGUCCUAUAAGAAUUUCAAGGGACAGAAGUAUGAAUGAUAAUGCUGGUGUUUCCAUUUAUCAUUUCUCUACACUAGCUUGUUGUUGAAGAAUACUUUUCCAAUUUUAUACGUGUGUGAUUGGUGUGUGUGAGUGUGGGUGUGUCAAACAUAUAUAUUUGUAAAAUGUCACCAUGAGCUCCAUGGAGGAAAGAUGGGAUAGAAAUUUAGUAGGUGGUGGUAGAUCCUGACCACAGUUUACCAGAUCUGUAUUUCCUGGUUUGUGUGCCAAAAUGGCCAAAAGCUCUGCACCAAAAAGAGCUUGGUUCUGAUCCAUGUGAAUUCUGACAAGUAGACUUGGUUUCAAUCUUCCCUUCCCCAGGUGACCUUUUAAGUAGCUUGUUGCAGAGUCCCAGCACAGCCAAACUAUUGAACCAGCCAAUCCCCGUCCUUGACACAGAGAGCGAGUACAUUUGUUCCCUGGCAUUGGAGUGCCUAGCCCACCUCUUCAGCUGGAUCCCUCUGUCUACGAGCAUCACCCCUUCCCUCCUCACCACCAUAUUCCAUUUUGCCCGCUUUGGCUGCGACACCCGAGCCAGGAAGAUGUCCUCCAUCAAUGGCAGCAGCCAGAACUCUGUCUUGAAUCAAGAACGUGGCCGGCUUGGGGUGCUUGCCAUGUCUUGCAUCAAUGAACUGAUGUCAAAGAACUGUGUGCCUGUGGAGUUUGAGGAGUACUUGCUGCGGAUGUUCCAGCAGACGUUUUACCUCUUGCAGAAGAUCACCAAGGAGAACAAUGCCCAUACGGUGAAGAGUCGGCUGGAGGAACUGGACGAGAGGUAAGGGAGAGCCAGCCCAGACAAAUCGAUAUUGUUGAUCUUUUCUGUUUACUGCAAGACGGUCUUUACUGAUUUCUUGUCAUGCAUGGUGUGUCUAAUCACCUUUUUUCAGAGUCCUGUGAUGAAGAAGGAAGGGUGGGCAGGUAGGUGUGACCAGGUACGUUGGCUGUGGGAGGCUGACGUUGCAAAGCGACUGCGGUGUUUGUAUUCCUUCUUCCUCCCCCCCCCCCCCCCCCGGUUCAUUACAGUUUGGCUGCAGGUCUGAGGUUGCACAAGAUUUGAAUUUGCCUUCAUUCGGUUGUUGCUAAAAGCAGCCAAAGAGACAUAGUGAGGUAAAAGGGUCUUCCUUUUCUAUCUGGCCUCUACUGUCAAAUUCCAAACAGAUGGGGAUGCUAAUUGUAGGCAUGAAAUCACGCAGAACCAUUAGAGGUUUUAAAGUAACUUAGGAGAGCUGCAGUGGCUUGUGCUAUUGAACCAGCUAUGCAAAAGAAGUCAGUUUAUUUUCCUGUUCCUUUAAAUAUCUAUAGAUUUACUUGUACUCUUUUUAGACAAGAGACUAGUAACCUUGGGUCACAUCCACACUAUACAUUUAAAGCACAUUUAAAGCUUGACUCCCCCCAAAGAAUUCUGGGAACGAGUUUUCUCCUUGGAGAACUGCACUUCCCGUUUCCCUUAACAAACUGCAGUUCCCAGGAUCCUCUGGGUAAAGCCAUGUGUUUUAGAUGAGUGCUGAAUGUGUAUUAAAUGUAUGCUGCGGGAUCUACCCUUAGGGAAGUCAAGUUAGUUUGUUUUUAAAACAGAAAUGUACUGAGAAAACUUUGGGCUGCUUUUGUCAAUGACUUUUGACAAUAAAGCAAAAGUACCUUGGCUUUCUAGAGGAGCUGUUGAAGUGGAUACUGGCAGAGAUGGUUAUAGGAUUUAGCACUCUGUGUGCUUCAAAUUGCUGCCAGAGAGGGAUUCAAGGGAUCUGUUGGUGCAACUGACAAUAUCAUUUGUUUCUACAAAUGAAUGUUCCUGGAAGGCUAACGUCAAAAACAAGAAGUAGUGGUGUUAUAAGUCAGCACUAGUCUGACUUUUCUUAGACUUUGAGCACCUGCAAGGCAUCCAGCCUAGUCAUACCUUAUCCAAUUCCCAGUUUUUUCUACACCCACUCACCUCAAUCUUUUACCUAAUAUCUUCCUUCUUUCCUAGUAGACACUUCUGCUUCAAAGGAGAGGGCAUAUUAUGUAAAACAUCUUCUAGCUCCUGCAUGUCACUAGUAACCAUGCUGUGCUGUUCUUUUUUUUAAUGAGGAUUAACUGAACUGAGUAUUAAAUUUGUGAGCAGCAAAUCAAAUGUGAGCAGGCCUCUCAAAAUUCCUCCAUAUUUGGGAGGAAAGUCUUAUUGUGAUUUUCUGGCCUACUUUUUCCUCAUUCACUACAUAAAAGUCUACCUGCCCAUUUCUUCUUACCACUACCACCGCCCAGCACUCUAUAUUUCAGGAGCAGGUCAGACUUUGCCCAAUCCUGGUAGAGAGAGCUGCUUUCUGAGUUAAAAUGACGAUUCUAAGUUUGAAUUCUCUUGGUGGCCUGAAGGAAUCCAUUUCCCUCACAUCUGAUACUUGGAGGGUCACAGUACUGGUCUGCAUUUUGGGGCAGAUCUAAGGAUCACCAGGAUAAUUGACACAAAGCAAGUUGAGCGUGUGAAAGAAAUGUUCGGCAAAUAACAAUUAUUAUAAUUUUGUCUCUCUUUCAGAGGCACUUAAGGUACAAAACAGAAGACGUUAAGACAACCAGUAAAGUUGUCCAGGGUCUCAGUGUGUGCUGUGUACAAAGGAACUCUCAAGUUCUGUGGCUGGGGGCGGGGACUUGAGUGUGUAUCUCUGUUUUGCAAUGUUCUUUUAAUAAGCUUCCGCUCCCCCAAAAACUGGAGGGUUUUGCAGCUGUGUGAUUGUUCUGCCUUCAGGUGGGGACCUGACUUGAACAGUGCUGGGGCACCAGCAGCCCUCCAAAGAUUGUUGGGCUCCAACUCCCAUCAGCCCCAGCUACCAGGGCCAAUGGGAGCGGGAAUCCCUGGACUAUAAAGUUUUGGGGGAAGAGAACAGCUUUGUUCUUCGCUGCCAAAGCCUUGUGUUCUUUCAUAAUUCAAUACCUUAAUAGUAGAAGAUAUUAAUUGUGCUAUAGAUGGAUCCACUGGGAUCAUUUGGUUUUCAGAAGCACCACCCCUUCCCCCCAUCCAUCAUUCCCUAUCAAGGCCAGCUCUGAAAGUCCUUCUGGUUUCAAAAUUGGCACGCUAUGUGGCAUAGCAGGCUGUGGCUUGAGAUGCACAACUAUGUUUCAGCUAACAUAGGUGACAGUGAAAUACAUAAUGGGAUUUCUUAGCAGAAGGUUUGAGUUGGUAUUUUGACAAAAGCCAAAGUUGCCGUUGACGAAAGAAUCUCUUUCUUGCUAUGUUUCAGGUAAUAAUGGAAUGAAGGGUUUCCUGCCGUGUAGGUAAUUUCUGUAGGGAUUUAAUUUAAUUGUUUUUAAAAUGGCUGCAAAAUGUGUUAUUUAAUGAAAGAGGUAUGAAGUAAAUUUAAAUGUUUCAGUGCUGCUAUUGCUUCUGUCAGUAUUCAGGUUGACUUGAUCAGGUUUUCUCUCGUCUUUCCCUUGUAGUUACAUAGAGAAGUUUACUGACUUUCUGCGCCUCUUUGUGAGUGUCCACUUGAGGAGGAUCGAGUCCUACUCCCAGUUUCCCGUGGUUGAAUUCCUUGCAUUGCUGUUCAAGUACACGUUUCAUCAGGUACAACACUGGCAUGUCUCUUCUCCUUAAUCCAGCUUUGUUUAGAGUUGAUUAUCCUAUAAGGUUUCACGUGAAAACACUCUGUCAGGUUUUUACUGCAUUUGAAUUAAAAUGUUACUCUUACAUUGCAAAAUAGCAGCAAUCCUGGUCUCCAGAUUGACCGCUGAAUGCCCUGGGUGCAUAUUUCAGUGAUUUCCUGGCACGCCUGGAAAUAUUAUAUUGAGUACCACACAACACAGAGGUCUUGACUGAGAUCAAAUCUCAGUAGCUGUUUUGGUUUCCAGGAAAAUAAAAAUAUGUAGCCAAUGAGACAGUAUUUAGUUUUGAUUUUAAAAUGUACCUUUUAUUUGGACCAGCUUUUCUUUCAAAUGCAGGAUACAAGCAUUUGAAUCUCUCAGGCUUGUUCAAAGAUAAGGAGUGCAGAAUGAGAUGCUUCUGUGCCAAGAUGUGGUGUUUGCGUAUCUUCUUUUGUCUCUGCAUUGUUGUUGUUGUUUUCCAGCUCCAGGGUACAGUAAGAGAAUUUAAAACAGAACCUAAAUAAAAAAAGAACAUAUGCAUUACUCCCUCUUCAGACCCCAAGGGGUUCUCAGAGCAACUGGUCAUGAAAAUAAGAAUGAAAAGACCUAACAAAAUUGGGACCUAAAAACUUAUCAGGGUAGUUUAACAAUCAAUUCCUCUUCCAGGGAACUCUGGGAAUUGUAGCUCUGGCAGGGGAAUAGGAGUCUCCAAACAAUUCCCAGCACCCGUAACUAGUUCACAGAAUUCUUUGGGGAAGCCAUGACUGUUUAAAGUGGUAUGAUUCUGCUUUUAAUGUAUGGUGUGAAUGUGGUCUAAGGUGACAUUAGGAGGAAGGCAAGGAAGAGAAGCUCCAUUGUCUAUCAAGUGGCUGUUACAAUUCUCUCUCCAUAUCCAGUUUGUGCUACUGUUAAAAAUUGUCUGUUGACUUCCGUGUUUCAGCCUACCCAUGAAGGUUACUUCUCCUGCUUAGACAUCUGGACUCUCUUCUUGGAUUACUUAACCAGUAAGAUAAAGAGUCGUCUGGCAGAUAAAGAAGCAGUUCUCAACAGGUAAGCAAGAUUAGCAGCGCAGUGGAAGAUCCCUGCUCAUUUGUAUCACAGCUUUUCCUGCUGCUUCCUUCACUGGGCAUCAUUUUGAAGGCUACAAAGGGUGUGGUGUUUUUUUUUAAAGGCUUGUCCUUUUUCUAGCAACUUGGGAUAUAAUCCUGUGGCUGCUCUUGCUCUGCGCAGAGGCAUUCAGGAUUGCAGUGGAAAAGGCCAGUUUUAUUUUUACUUGCUGUUGUUCUCACAGAGUCCAUUUGGGUGCACUGCACUGGGCACAGUGGAGAGAAGCUUGCCUUCAGAUAUGUUUCUAAGCUAGAAAUGAAAGCCUGAUCUACUAAACUUGCAAUAGAAUGAUGUGCCAGAAUGGACUGUACCAUGUCAGUGGGGGGGGUGUUAAUUUGAAUACUCACCCACAUAUAUAAGUUGUUGUUGUUUUAUUCCACCAUAAAGUUAAAAAUCAAACUAGCAUUCAAGGAAUAUUAGUUCUGUCUCAGACUAGCUUUCUAGUUUUAGACCUUUCUCCCCACAUAGGUGCAUUCAGAAAAAGUAACACCACCUCCUCCCGUCCCAUUCUGUAUGAAAAGGGGUAAUCCAUUUUGCUGCUUUGUACAGCUGCGUAUGCAGACCUAAUAUAGUGGGAAGAAACACUCCUUAACAGUUUCAGCCCAAGUCUCACUGGCUUGGAUUAAGGAGAUUGGCAGCCAGAAAGGAUUAGUUGCUCACAGAGGGAGUUCCAAACCUUCAUUUGCUACUUGUAAGAAUGCAAGAAGAGGGAAGUUGCAUCAUUAUUUCUGGACGUGUUUCUUUUUAAUGCAACUCUUACAGCUGUCAUAGGGACAGGAAGUUGUAGAGCUGUCAUAGGGACAGGAAGUGUUUACCUAUAAGCGUAAGCGUGCUUACACCACAGGAACAGCAUUUGAGGCUUCCUGUCCGUUGUAGUUUACGCCUCUUCCAAGCAGAGCCUCGUGUACAAAUCAGCUAGUCUGGGUGCUCCUACCAGCCUCCCAGUUCAAUUGACAUCCUGGCCUGACCCUAUUCCUUGCUCAGACUCUCCACAUGCUUAAGAUAGAGAGCUUAUUCAAUGUAGUUGUUUGUCCCUUGAGAUGGUCUGCAGGAAGGGAUUUGGGAGCACACCGUGGGUUUGCAUGCUCAGUCCCCUCAGUGGAGGAGGAAACAAAUGACCCAAAAGGGAAAUGUGGGUUCGAAUACAGGAUCUUGGGGUUUAAAUCUCCCCAGACUGCAUGUUCAAAUAACCACAGGAUCUCUCCUUCAGUAGUUCAUUUCUAACCACGCUGAGAAGAGCACGAGAGCGUGUAAGAUAAGCUGUCAGCAGACUCCCUCAAAGCAGGUGGGGGUGGGAGAAAUACAUUUUUAGCUUGCUCACUUGUCUUUUGCAUAUGCUGGAGGGAGCUUUUUCUCAAUGCAUUUUUCUUACGAAAGAAUAGUGGGACAGCAAGUACUUCCUGCAACUUGCUAGGUCACUGCUGGGGCUGAUGUCACUCAGUGGUGUGUUGCUUUUUUCUUUUUGUUUUGCAAUUGGGGAGCUUCGUGAGAAAAUAGGCUGAGUUCUGCAUUUGUUCAGGCAGUAAACACCACAUUUCUAAGAAGGGCAGUCUUAAAAAUGAAGCCAUACCUGGAAAUGUUGUAAUGGUAUUUGCGGUUUUGUAGGAAAGGGCAUCAGUUCCUCGUGCAUGAUUGGGGUUCUGGGCAUUUAAUGUAUAUCUGUAUUUGGGUCCUGCACUAGGAAAAGCAGACUUCUGCAACCUGUAUAAGUUAAGCAAGUCAAACCAAUUUUCAUAGUAUUUAUUUGCAUAACAUAUUCUGGCUGUGGGGAAGAGUGGAGAGCAUUGUUAGGAAACUAAUAAUCCAGUUCAACUUCUGCCUCUUGAGAUUUCAUUGACGCACUUUCCAAGCAUAUCUUGUAAGCCCUCUAGGACUAAAGUUCUGCUUGUUUUUAACAAGAAAAGCUAAACAUCUCAAGGCGAUAAAUAUCUGAUGUGAGUAUGGUGCAUCAGUAUUGUAGAUAAAUCUCAAGUUACAGGGAACACUAUUAUUUUGAAAUUCAAACCAGCAGCAUUGCACACUCGCAACUGGAGUUUGACCUUAAAACAUAGAUUUUCUCCCCCCAGAAUAUACAAGCAAACUUUCACUCCAUAUUACUCCUUUCUUAAAGAGGCGUGUGUGUGUGUGUGUGUGCGCGCGCGCACGUGCUUUCUCUUACCCGCUUAAAAGUGGCCAGGCCUGUGACUGUGCAGGUUGAACUAGCCUUGUGGAAAACAGGCGUGGAAGUGUAGCCUGGAUUUGAAAUGGAAAUUAGAAUGACAAAUAAAAGAGAGAAACAAUGUAUAUGGACGUAGCACAGUGAAUCUUGGACUUCAAGAUGGUAUCAGAAGCAUGAAGAGUGUGUGCAGAAGAAUAAAGAGAGAGAGAAUGAACAGAUGAUAUAUUAGGGCAGUUUACCCACCCUAGUACGGCCCAGAUGCUGAUGGGCUAAAACUCCCAUCAUCUCUGACUAUUGGCCAUCGUGGCUGGUCUGGAAACAUCUGGAGCACAGCUGGUUAGGGGAGGCAGCACCAGGGUAUGUACACACUUAGCAAUCAGAUUUGAUUAUGCAUAACGGAAUUCCUUUCUGAGUAGCUCAAUUGUCCUCUUAUUUAAAUGAAACGGUGCUUUCUGCCAAGGCCUUAGUGAGAACUUCCUCUCUCGUACUUCGUUUAGCAAUGACUUAUCUUGAAUAAGGAUGUGGUGUCAGACCAAAUGAUGCUAAAACUCAUUUUCCAUAUAUUCCAUACAUUGUCAACUCUACUAGAAUGGACAGAAUUCAACUAGGUCUGGCUCAAAGUGGUCUCAUUGGUAUUAGUGGUUAUGACUUAGUUCCAUUAAUUUUAGUAGCUCUACUCUGAGUAAAACUUAGCUGAACAUCACCCCAUAAUUACUAUUAUUUUGCAACCAUGCCUUUUUCUCUUUAAGUUUAAGUAACGUUGGUAUAACUUCCCAUGGACUACUAUUUCCUUCCAUAAUAAUGGUUCCAAAUUUGAUUGGGGUUUUCCUUUUGCUCUUUCCCAGGUACGAAGAUGCCCUGGUUCUUCUGCUGACAGAAGUAUUAAAUCGGAUACAGUUCAGGUACAACCAGGCCCAGUUGGAAGAGCUGGAUGACGAGACGCUGGAUGACGAUGUAAGAAGCAGAAGACUGUAGACUUGAGAAUCGUAAUAACUGUGAAAGUAGAAAGUAGAAAACAUUAUGCUUCCAUUGCACAUUAUGAAAUCUAAAGGCAUGUCAGAAUAGCAUAGCUGAAAUCUUUAAGGCUGACAGGACUUUGCACCACCUCCAAUGUCUUGUGCCUUAUGAUUGCAAGCCUGGGAAGUGUGGUGUGGGGGUUAUGAACCUUUUUUGCAGGUGUGCCAGGUUUUUUAAAUUUUUACCUGCAUAUUUGUUUUUAAGUUGUCAGAGUGUUCCUAAAUGGCAUUUCUUCACCCAUAGCAUGAACUGGAAUUGCCCACUCUAGCCACUUAGCAUUCUGUCGCCUCAUUUUUCUACUUGUGGAAAAUCCGUUCCAACAACCCUGGUGCAAAGGCAAAUAAAACAGCUGAUCAUGGUAUUUCUUUCUCACAGCAACAGACAGAGUGGCAGCGGUACCUACGCCAGAGCUUGGAAGUAGUGGCCAAAGUAAUGGAGCUCCUGCCAACGCAUGCCUUUUCGACCCUGGUAAGUGGGGAGUGUGAGCUUUACUCUCACUGUCCUUCAGAGUUUCAGAUCCAUGCCAUUGUUACUUCAAAGACCUGCUUUUUGAUGUGAGGUGUAGCAGGAAUUCCAGGUGGUUAGAAGAAUUGCCUGUUUGCGGUCUUCACUCCAUUGAGUUCACCGAAAGCCUGACCCCAAGGUUCUGUUGUCUUGAUAUAAACAUGCCAGAUUAGUAGAUGGUGGUGGGAAAAGAUGUUUGAGUUUGAGGAUUGUGGUCCUUCUGACCUAGAAUGGAGGCUCAAAUAAUAAUAGUAAUAUUAACUUUAAAAUAAAAUAAAAAUACCCAGUACACAUGACUCACUUGCAAAGUUUCUUUGAGGCAUUAGCUUAACUUCAAGCAGUGCUUCAUUCAUUCACCUUUUCAAGGAAUCUUAAAAUCAAUUGGCAAGCGUAAAGUGAAAGUAUUUGGUGGGAAUUGUGUUCCUGUGUGCCACUUUUGUAUAGAGCAGGGGUGGCUUAACCUUUUUCUGACUAGGGUCCACUUUGAGGGUUGGCCACUCCUUUAACAGCGACAUGCUGGCAUGCACAUGUCACGAGAUCAUACACAUUCACAUGGGCACACCUCUACCCUGGGUUCCAGUUCGAGACUGGAUAUCUGUUUUCUCACCUCCUUGGCAGAAAUCGCAUCUUGUACAUCCUCUCUGCGGCUAUUGCCACGAGGAGAAUGCCAAGUUAGUAGUAGUAUGAGAUGGCUCUGCUAAACUUUUGCCCACUAGGAGGUAGGCUUUGAGUUAAUAGACCUAGCUGGAACAACUAUGCGGUUUAAAUCCUGCCACAUGACAUUGACUCCUGGGAUGGCAGCCAAGGCCUCUGAUCGUUUCCCUGUGUCUCCCAUCUUGCUUCCCUGUUGCAAAGCUGUGACAUACCUGCUGGCUAGUAACACAGCAUGCCAUCUCCUUGUCCGGUGGUGCUAUAUUAGCACUUAGAAUUCCUUGGUGUGAGAUUGACACUUCUGGCAGGGAUUCCCUGCUCAUCACUUGGUGCUUUCCAGUUUGGGGACACUCAAUGCUGCAGUUUGCCAACAGAUGGUGCAGUUUUAAACCUAUAUUGCAAAUGAAUACCUAGCAGCAUGGUGUGUGUUUAAAGGCUUACAGUCCGGGGGGGGGGGGGGGCUGUGUGGCUUUUCAGAUUUUGGGAGCUGGUGUUGCUUCUUCUGUCUUUCAGCACUUCAUCCUCUGACCCUUGACCUGUACACUAGCAGAAUAGUAGCUAUAAAUGAUCAAUGUGACAAACCACAUGUAGUGCUACAUGCAUUGUUGGGGGAAGUUUGCAAGAGACUGGAGACAGGUUAAACCCCUCCCUUCCUGGCCAAUAUUAGCAUGUGACAUUGUAUGCCUUGUUUGCCAUUACAUCUGGGUUAAAAAAAAAUAUCAAGCUAGGGGAAGCAGAUUUCAGUGGAACUGGAUCAUACCACUAUCCUACCACCACCCCCCCCACCCCAGCAACAUUGCAAUAUUUAACCUGAGGGUGUGGGAGUCACAUUAGUACCUAUAAGAACACUUUCUAAGAGUAAUUGCAGAGCAUUGUAGGGCUGUUUAUGGCAAUAAUGUGACUGGAAAAGGAAGGGUUUAACCUCCCUUUCUCAUGUACAGUUUUUCCUGCGAAAAAUGGAAGAUGCGGGGAGUGGCAUCUUAAUACUUUCUUGAAAAACACAGGCAUUGUUGCUAAUGAUAUAUUUAGUGCCACAUAGUUUUGACCAUAGGAUGUUGUGCUAUAAAUCUGAUCCAGCUCUCCCUUCACCAUAAAUUGACUAGGGAACCUUAAAAACAAGCUGCACUCUCAGAAUAAGUCAUCCCAUUAUGAUGGUGGUGAUUACAGGCAGGUUAUCAUUAUGGAAUUGUUCAUGGUUAUUUCCCUCCUGCUGGUAAGGCUGACACUGUUUAUGUUAAUCUGCUUUAUUUUGUGUGUUCUUGUGUGUCACUGUUGCAUAUAUGCUACCUUGGCGACCACUGCAUAAAGGUGGGACAAAAAAUGGGAACAGUGACUUACCUUUAUUGGUGCCUUGCCUAUCUUCAUAGACAUCCCCAGUAACGUAUGUGAAGCCCUUGGGGCACUUGAAUGCCAGGUAAAGGCAAUGGAGGGUGUUACUGUUGACCACUGGGACCCAUGCAGUUCUGCAAACAUACAUUUAAGAGCAUUCUGCAGACCAUUAGUAAGCAAGUCCUGUUUUGGAAAAGCUUCUUUCCCAGUGGAAUCGUUUUCCUGCAGUGUCCCAUUGACAUCAUUUUCAUUGUAAGGCUAUGAUACUGAACCAAUCCUGAACUCCCAAACUUUUAUUUUCCCUGUCCAUGAAGGUUUAGGUGACAGAUGAAUUGUGCUUAGGUCCAGUUUCUAAACAGCAGGGAACCAUACAUGUUUAGUAUAGUUGAGGACCUUGUAGUUAUGCUUGUUUUCUUCUCCUCAGUUUCCAGUUCUCCAGGAAAAUCUAGAUGUAUAUUUGGGACUCCAACAAUUCAUAGUCAAUUCAGGAACAGGUAAGGCAAACUACCAGUGUUUGAAAUCUCAUGUCUGUGUGCUGUUUGUGUUGCUAUAAUAUGGGGCUGAUCACUGAGCUGGCAUUCUUUAACUUGGGAAAACUGCUUAAGUAUGCACGUUCAUACUGACAUCAACGGCAAUUUAUACUGGCAAAAACAUCCCAGUAGAUAAAAUUUGCUUACUCUGUAUGGUGUCUAACUGUAUUAUUCUGCAUUAUAUAGAGGUUAAUACAUUCUACCUGUUGUAAAUUCCUUUUUGGCUUACAGAAAUAUGACUUUUAUAUGCACUUUUUUACAAAAAAGGUGUUUUAACUUGCGCAUUAUAUAACUUGUCUCAAGUGAGGUUUUUCGGGGGGAGGGGGGCAAUGUAUUUUAUAUCACUCCCUUUAAUAAAAUUCCAUAUAAUACUACAGUUUGGUUAAACACCCAAGUAGUUUUAUUUCUGAAGUGUCUCGAUCGAAGUAAACUUUCAGAUACAGGUAUAACUAAUAAGGCAGUAAAACUGAAGCAGCAUAAAACAGUUAACAGACUGUAAAACAUUUAAAAAAGAAAAUAUUACAAAGGCUUAUGAAAAUAAUAAAAAGGACCUUUGCCUGGAACCAAAAUAACAAAAAUGAUUCCAGGUAAGCCUCUUUAGGGUGAGGCUGUUCCAUAGUUGGGGUGCCACCACUGGGAAGGCCCUCUGCCUGCCUGCCUGCCAAACAACCACCUCUCCUCAGAUGGUGAGGGCAUUCUGUGGAAGGCCUUCUGCUGAACAUGUUAAGGUACAGAAAGGUGUAUUUGGAGAUGGGCUGCUUUUUGGACCCCUAGAUGUUCAAGGUCAAACUGACAGUUUGAAUUUGGACCGGCAACAGACCAGGAACCUCUGCAACUAAUGCAGGAGAGGCCCGAGAGAAGAUCAGAACACCCAGACAAGUUAGGAAUCUGGAUGCCACAUUCUGCACAGACUGAAAAGCAGCCCUGUGUAAAGCGUUUUACCGUAGGCUAGGCAUGUUCAAGGUCAAAAUGGCUGGUAACCGCCCACAACAGGCACGCCAACUCCUAGGGGCUGGGGCAGUUUUGACUCUUUCCCCACCAAAGUAUAUCCGCUGCUGAAGAGAAACUGGCACCCUCAAUCCUCUUAAGAAGAUGGCACCUCUGGUCACAAAAUUAAGAUUGCUUUGACUCCUGCUAUUUAACUGGAAGUACUAAAUCCCAGUGUGUUUUCUUGUGGGUGUGCUCUUCAGCAGCGGAUAUUAGAAACACGCAGCUUCUCUGUGUUGCAGUUGUAUAGAGCCCACCCCCUUGAGCCAAUCAGGAUUUUCUUUCUCCGAUUAAACUACUUUGACUUCUGCUGUUUGGGUCCCUGUUGUUGCUUGUGCGGUAAAGCGGGGCCACCCUGUUCUGAAAAAUAUUUUAGCCUUUAGGGAGGAAAAGAGCUGCAAAUAAUUAGUAAAGAUUAAAACCCCAAUGUCCUCUUUAACAAUGCCCCUUUCUAAGCUGCCUAAUUUAGCAAUCUUGCUUGCAUUCGGUGCUUGAACUGUGACCUGCAAGACAGCUAAUGCAGAGAAAAUGCAUGUAAUGUAAUUACGGUAAAUGUUUCAUUUCCUGGCAAGCUAUCUGCAUAAUUAGAUUUCUCAUAUGCGUGCCUUGUGUGUUACAAGGUUAUGGCUUCGGACAAUCUUUGUAUUUGAAUUUGAGUUUGUGCAGGAGGCAGCCAUUUCUUUAAAUCACCUUAAUGGGCAGCAAUUUGUCCCUAUUAGCAGAAGCACUUGCAUUCCGGUUUCUCCUUGCAUUUUUAUUCCCACUGGCUCAUGCUGUCCUUUCAGGUCACAGGCUGAACAUCACUGCAGAGAACGACUGCCGGCGCUUACACUGCUCCUUGCGCGACCUCAGCUCCUUGCUCCAAGCGGUUGGUCGGUUAGCCGAGUACUUCACGGGGGACAUGUUUGCCGCGAGGUUCAGCGAUGCUCAUACUGUAGUGGAGAGGUAGGCAGCGUGACCCUCUUGUAGAGUUGGAUUCUGGGACAGGCCUGCUAAUAGCUGCUGGCAUUUCAGCUCCAGCCGCUGUCUGUCUUUAUGAUAUGCCUCCUGUAGGUCUUUACAUGCAGUCCUAAGAGAGUCCUGCUCUUCUUUAUGCUGCCAAAUGCCAAGGUGACUCCUGAGCAGUUUACACACACUGCUUAGAAAUGCUGAUGACUGAGCAGCAUAUAAAUGCAGUUAAAUAGAUAAAAGAAAUAAAUAAAACAUAGAAAUCAAUAGCACAGCAUUGUUAAAAUGCUGAAGAAUUUUUAAAAUACACCAUAAUUCAAAUAUACUAUAAAGCAAUCCCAUUAUAGCACCAAAAUAUAAACACCAGUGAUUACAAUAUGCACCCUUGAUUAUGGGUGUUGUGCUUCCAAUGGAGACAAUAGAAAGAUGCUUUAUACCAAAUCAGGCCACUGGUCUGUCUUGCUCAGUAUUUCCUUCACUGACUGGCAGUGACAGCGGAAGUGGUAGGGCAGGCAUCCAAGCCUCUUACCUGUGGGCCAAAGCAGGCAAGGAUCCUAAUUUGACCCAGGAAGCCCUAUUUCCUCAUCUGUCCCACACUGAUGUGAUAUGACCUCAGGCAAAGCCAGCUGCAAAGGACUAAUGAGCCGGAAAGUGCACCUCUGGUUGUUUAUCUGCAACUGGAAUUUGUAUUUGGCACCUUUGUAAAUUUGCUGUGAAAUGGAAUCCAAGGUAAAUCUGUACCCGCAGCAAGCGAUAUUUACAUUCAGCACUAAACGCAGGUAUGCUGGGUUUGGUCCUGCCCACCUGUCAAAGUCACCGACAGCAGAUGGGGAUGCCAUGAUCUUGCCCACCUGUCAGAUCCAGCCUCCCACCCCUGCAGUAGAACAUAUUACUUGUAAGGUUUGGCAGGCUGGAUGAGGGUUAGAACUUUCCAAAUCAGAUGUCUUCAGACUCCUUAUUUGUUCUGAAGGACUGUAUCCAAAAAGGACGUUCUACUUUUCCUUUGAAUAGCUCAAAGUAGCUAACAAUAAGAAGUUAGAAACAAAUAAACAUUUGUAAAAAACAAAAAAGAAGAAACGUUUCUUUGGGGAAUUAAAGGAACAGAACUACCUAAACUGCAUAGAAACUUAUUCAUGUAUGCUACUGCAGUGGCAAGAAUGUUACUUGCCCAAAAAUGGAAAGAAGCAGAAGUCCCAGCAAAGGAAGAAUGGGUACAAAAACUUAUGGAAUAUGCAGAAAUGGCGAAACUUACCGGAAGAAUAAGAAAUCAAGAUAACAAACUUUUUAUAAAAGAAUAGAAUUGGUUUAUUGAAUAUUUACAGAUAAAUUGUAAACAGAUAAGAACAUUGGCAGGAUUAGUGUAAUAACCUGCAGUUUCAUAAGAGUAUAUAUUUAAAGUAGAUGAAUAAAUGAGCAGAUUAAGUUAAUUUGGAUAUGCAGAAGAUAUUUUUUAAAAAUUAAGGAACUGCAGAAAGAGGGGGAAGGAAGUCAAGUUUUGAAAUGUUAAAAUGAUUGUAAAAUUAGUGAAAUGUAUAAACCUGAAAAUCAUUUUUUAAACAUUUAAUUGCUAAAAGCAAUUGAUCACAACAUCAGGCCCCAAAAUGUCUUCCACCAACAUUACUUAUAAAUGGGCAAAAUGGGACACACGUUCCCAUCCUUUCCCUUUUGUGCAUAGAUUCUGUGCAUCCAACUUAAAGCAGGGUUUAUGUUCAAUAUAGCAGAGGAUUCUGUAUAUUAUUGAGUCCCACUUUUCCUCAUUUCCUUGCCUCUUAUCUCCUCCCACAGACUGGUCAAGGUAACUCUAUAUGGGUCCCAGAUUAAACUCUACAAUAUUGAAACUGCUGUGCCAUCUGUCCUGAAACCUGAUCUUAUUGAUGUGUGAGUAUGAUAUAAUAAUAAAAAAUGCAGUGUUAGAAAGUGUUUUGGAAAUGCUCACUUGAAGUCUGGUUCCUUACUGAAGCCAAAAGACAUGUUUUGUACCUAUGCAAGGGAACUCUCUAGAGUUCUUCACCCUGCAGUCGUUGAUAGUGAUGGGGGUUGCGAAAGAUCUUUCCUCCACAGGAAAUCAGAGGGGCCCAGCAGAGUCUGAAUGACCACAGCCCAGCCCCACCAGACGUCCCUUCCCAGCUAGCGAUCCUCCUUAUCCCAAGGCUAAACAAUGCGCCCAAAGUUUUGCUUCUCCAUGUCCUGUGGGAGGGAGUUGCACGGUCAGAGUGCCACGGUGGUCUGUGCAGCUUCUGUAGCAGCUUGUCAACAGUCCUUUUAAUAGAUUAUGGCAUUGCUAGGAAUGUCAGAUGUUUUCACUCCUUGACUCCAUAGGCCCAGCUCAUGUGUCUCAUAUCCUUUCCUCUGUGUUGCUCACUUCCUCAUGAUGCAACUGCCCCAACCAAAUGAUGUCAUGGACUGCUAUGACCUGAGCCCAGCCAACCAGUUUCGCAGAGCCUACAUGAUGCAGCCUUUCUCAGCCUUGGGUUGACUAGUGGUCAGGGAUGAUGGGAGUUGUAGUCCAACAACAUCUGGGGACCCAGGUUGAGAAAGGCUGGAUUAGCAUGUUAGACCUAGGAAGCUAGGGUUCUAGUCAGAUACACAACUGGAAAUGAGUAGACCUGAAGAUUAUUGGUCUUGUGUACUUCUAUUCCCUUCAUCUUACAUUUGAGAUUCUGUGUCUCUCUGUUCCUCUAGGCAUGCACAAUCCCUUGCAGCCCUGCAGGCUUACUGUCACUGGCUAGCACAGUUCUAUGGUGAAGUUCAUCGGCAAAACCCCACACAAUUUGUCUCCCUCGUCUCUACUGCCCUGGAAGCAAUCACUCCACUAAUCAGUUCUAAGGUACAAUGCAUGACCCAGCAGCAUCAGCCAUUGUGUACAAAACCAAGCCUUGAAACUAUCCCUCUUUUGCCGGGCAAGGUGGCCAUUCUUGUGCAGGGGACGUAAAUUAUUGGUCAAUGUGUAUAAUGGGAAGCUGCCUCAUUUGAACUGUCGGUAGUGAACUGCUGCUGGGUUGAGCUACCAUUUUGCAGCAGUACGAGCUUCCCUUUCUUGGGUGGAAGGUGAUCUUUCAAAGAGAGUGCUCAGGAGAACAAAAGACUAGAGAUCACCAUUCAAAAAAACAGAACCAGAGCAUGAAAACUUUGCCUCCAACCUGGUUCUCCUCUGUCCAUCCUGUGCUGUUUAGAGCAGUGGUUGAGCUGCAGUCCUCUCCAAAACUUUUCAGGUUGGGUUCUGGCUGCUCCUGUCUUUUGUCUUCCUUGUCGCCAAUUGGGGAGGCUGGCUUAGCUUUUUGAUAAAUUGCUCUCCCUCAGAACUCCUGAGAGGUCUUAAACUUCUUGCUGCCUCUUGUAAUCAUGGGCUGAAAGAGCAGCGUAAGCAGUAUUCUGGCUAGGUUAUUGUUGCUGCUGGUUGGCUCCUCAUUCAUAAGCUGUUGAAGAGGUUCCAGAAGACCAGUGCAUGUCCUUCAGCUGCCCCUCCGUGGAGUAGCAGCCACAACAAACCUGUUCACUCUUAUGUACUGUUUCUGAAUCUUCAGGAUCAAACCCUUCUGUUGAUUCAGUUACAAAAGAGGCUGAAGAUCUCUGUCCUCCUGCCCCUCCCCCCGCCCUGCUCAGGUACAAGAGAAGUUACUGUUGUCCUCCUGCCACCUGCUCGUCUCCUUGGCCACCACAGUACGGCCCGUGUUCCUUAUCAGCAUCCCAGCUGUCCAGAAAAUGUUCAACAGGAUCACAGAUACUUCUGCUCAGCGCCUCCCUGAUAAGGUACAGUGGGACUUAGUGAGUGAGCUGCCAUUGUAUUGGCUUGGAUAGCGGAGCAACACCACUGCACGUCCGUUGACUGUAGAUGGUUCAGACACAAGAAGUAAUUCUGGGUAGCUUAGAAGUGGCCUGCUUCCGAUCUCACAGCUGCUUCCAAUAAAGAGAGGGGAGAGGAGCAGCAUGCAUCUGAACCACGCACGUGUGUUUUGCUUAGAGCCAGUGUGGUGUAGUGGUUAAGAGCAGUAGACUCGUAAUCUGGUGAACCGGGUUCGCUUCCCCGCUCCUCCACAUGCAGCUGCUGGGUGAUCUUGGGCUAGUCACACUUCUCUGAAGUCUCUCAGCCUCACUCAAAGAGUGUUUGUUGUGGGGGAGGAAAGGAAAGGAGAUUGUUAGCCGCUUUGAGACUCCUUAGGGUAGUGAUAAAAUGGGAUAUCAAAUCCAAACUCCUCUUCUUUUUAGUGCUCAGUAAGCCUGUUGACUCUAAGCUCUUUGGCUCUGCUGUUGGCAUGUCUGUGCAGUGUAGUGUCAAGGCAACCCCAUCUAAAUGGUUGGACACCAGCAUCCUUUUCCCUUUCGGAGCUGCUGAUUGUGUUUCCUCAGCUCCUUCUCCUCUCUCUCCCUCCUUACCUCUUUUCUUUUCUUUUUGUUUGAUCUGUCUUAUUCUCCGCAGGCUCAGAUACUCGUGUGCCGAGCGCUCUCAAAUAUCCUGCUGCUGCCAUGGCCAAACCUCCCAGAAAGUGAACAGCAGUGGGCCAUUCGCUCGACUAACCAUGCUAGCCUAAUCUCCGCCCUUACCAGGGAUUACCGCAGCCUGAAAUCCAGUGCCAUCUUGCCCCAGAGGAAAAUACAGCAGGACGAUAGUAAGUUCCCCCAAUACAGGCCUUGUUAGCAACGGCAGAGUAACUGCUAGCACAGUCGGAACAGAAGGAUCAGUAAACCUCUCUGACAUUCUGGCCAAAGUAUUCACAUAGCAGCUUUGCAUAACUGAUGUCUCAGUUCCCAAUGGUCCAUUGGCAAUUAACCCUUACUUAUAGCUGUGAGUAACAUUGAGAUCUUGAAGUCCCCCUAAGUCCAAGAGAGGUUGCUAUCAGUUUUGUUUCCCUUCCAGCUGGUCCUUCUGGGGAAAAUAAGGGGAUUGGUGCUGGGGGUUGCGAGGUUUAGACAAAUGCAUCUCUCGUACUCUGUAAAGUGUCGUGCUCACUAAUGGUACUAUAUAAAUACAGUCAUCCCCCCACUUGUGUGUGACUGUGUAUACAUGUGGCACCAGGCAGUCAAUUCCUAACCUGAAAUGGCAAGAGACAGCUGGAAAAUCCUUGUGGCUCGCAAGGAAACCUUCCUCAGAGCCUGAAAAGGAUGUCAGUGAGCCAAAAGUCCAGGAAAAAAAUACUCCAAGGGCUCCAAAAUGGCAUGUGGGAGCUCUCGCUGAUGCUAUGGUACCCCUUCAACAGCUGUUUGGCAGGAAGCAGUGUGUACUGCAGCAGGCUCACCACUUACCCAAACCCAAUGAGGGAGACCUUGUGCAGCACUUCAAUUAAGGUUUUAAAACCUAAUUCAACCUGUGGUUGGUGGUUGAGGGGGAGAAGGAAAGGAUUUAGGCACUUUUGCAACCGCAUGUUUAAUCAGGGGUUUAAAGCCUAAUUAAACACUUGAUCGGUGUGGGGAGGGAAUAAGGAGCCAAUGUCUCUACCGCCAUCAUUUCCGCCUCCCUUUUCCACCAACCAGCUGCUUCCUCAUUUGGCAGCCCUGGAUCACUUCAGAUGGAUCCAACCUGGAGCAGUUUGGGGCUGCCUAGACAAAUCCUGGAUUGGCCCAAUUUGGUUUGGGAUCCUGUAUUUGUCCAGACAGGCUGCACAACUCUGGUGAUUAUGCUGCGUCUCUUCAGAGACAGGACAGACUGACCCAUUCUCAGUAGAAGCUGUUUAGGAGGAGGCAAGGACAGCGUAGGGAAUCUUACAGAGAUGCACCUCUGGGAUGGGUGUCUUGGGUCUACAUUUUGUAAUUUCCCAUGGAAAACCUAGCCAUUUUCUCACAGCAAAUGGUUUGGGAAUUUCGGGCUACCACCUCUUAACUUUUAUCUAUUUUCACCACCACUGGUGCCCUGGGCUGAUGGUUUGAAUGUCCUCUCUUGAUUUUGCAGCCAAGACAGUUAUCCAUCAGACUCUCAGCGUCUUGGAAGAUAUCGUGGAAAGCAUCUCUGGGGAAGCCACCAAGUCCCGCCAGCUCUGCUACCAGUCACUACAGGAGUCUGUGCAGGUCUCGCUAGCCCUCUUCCCAGCUUUCAUUCAUCAGUCAGGUAUAAUCACAGGGCAGCCUUUCCAGGCGUGGGUCAUUCAGGAGCUCUCACCAGUACUUGGCAAGAAGUCCCAUCGGGCUGCCAUGGUCGUACAGGCGCUGCCGGCGCCACAUAAAUUCCUGCCCCCCUACCCACACUUGUGUUGAGAAUAUUCAUCAGGAAUCAAGAUGGCACUAUGCAUGCCACUGGGCUGUCCCAACUGGUUGAUCUUUCCCAUGUACAGUGGUACCUCGGGUUACAUAUGCUUCAGGUUAAAUACGCUUCAGGUUACAGAUGCUUCAGCUUACAGACUCUGCUAACCCAGAAAUAGUACCUCGGGUUAAGAACUUUGCUUCAGAAUGAGAACAGAAAUCGUGCUCCAGUGGUGCAGCGGCAGUGGGAGGCCCCAUAAGCUAAAGUGGUGCUUCAGGUUAAGAACAGUUUCAGGUUAAGAACGGACCUCCGGAAUGAUUUAAGUACGUAAGCAGAGGUACCACUGUACAGGGAACAAUUCGAACACAGGUCCUAUCAGGUUUCACUGCAGUGAAGAAAAUCUGAACGAGGCGUUCGAACUAAAUGUGGGUGGUUUGCAAAGGUGACUCGUUAAUUUGAGCAAGCAGAAAUUAAGGGCAACCCCAAAUGGUUUUUUACGUUGACUUUAACUGUCAUUUCAUUUUGAGUGGGAUUAAAUUUGCUUCUGCUUCGUCUUUUGUAUUUUAUUGUACUUACAAUGGCCUGUGGCUACAAGCAAGAAAUGCUUAUCAUAUUGUGCCCAGGUAAAUGUUGGGAAUUUGCAAUGCAGGGGAUCCAAGAAAUCAACUUCCUAGCUGUACCGGCUUAAACCCAACCGGUCACGAUCCGCUCUUUCUGGAGGAAUGCUUGCUUUGUCUCAGCCAGUAGGAAUCUUUAUUAUCUGGUGGCCAUCACUAAAUUGGAGAAAUAACUCUCACCUGCUCAGUCCUCCAGGUUCCCUGAGAUCCAAGGUGUCAGGGGGCAAUAAUUUGGGUGGAGAAGGGCGAAAAGAGCUAAAAUAUAUUGUGUGUAAAUUAUUUUAUGCCUCUGAACUUUAAAACAACCUUGGUCUGACACUGUAUAAGGCAGAUUCCUAUGUUCCUACAUAUGUAAGAGGUCUGUGGUUUUUUGCUCAGGUGCCUCAUGCGGUGCUGAACUUCAGUUUUGAUCCUGCAUUGCUAAGUCUUAGCACUUGGCUCUGUAUGUUUCCAGCCAGCACAUGCCCUCUUCUUGAGUACCUACAGAAAACAUGUUGGAUUGCAAUCCAAGGAUACAACUCUAGAUUACGACCCAUAGCCCACUUGUAAUUUGUUUAUUUGUUUUAAAUUGUAUGUUGCUUUUCCAUGUAAAUUUGCUGAAAGCAGCUUUGUUACUGAAAGCAGUAACAAAAAUACAAAUACAACGCUUCAUUACAAUAGCAAUCAAAAAUUCUGUCAUUUCAAACAUAACAUGACCAUCAAAUAAAUAGCUUGAUUUAUCUGAAUGUUAUAAUAUUUAAAAAUGAUAAUAAAACAAGCUAUUGAUUGUUAAAACGGAUCAAUUAAUGACAAAUAAACAUUCCAAUGCAAUCAUAUAUCAGCACCAAGCUAAGCAGCAGCCACUGCAUGGCAGUACUAUACCAAAUGGUACAAAAACUAAAAAGUGUAUAAAAUGUUUCAUAGUGGCUGAGCAAGUUAAUUGCUGUCACACAAAACCUCGCAUCCAACCCUAAACUGUGGUCCAACAUUGGUGCUAAAAAUCAACCUAGAGCAAGGGUGUGAGCCCGCAAGAGGAGCAGAGCAUCUAAAAUCACAAAUACCUGUAAACAUGACAAAAAUUUGACUGUAAAUGUCCAAGUGAGUAAUGGGUGUGAGCCCUCACUGAGUUCAGCAUGACUUCUUUUUGAGUAGGUGCACAACUGUAACACCAAGUAUGGUUGUUCGCUAGAGGUUACUGUUCAUUUCAAGUAUUUAUUUUAUUUUAUUGGUUUUUUAUUUUCUAUAUGUAUAUAGGCCACCCUCUAACAGAGUUUAGGGUCAGGUGUCAGAUUUUUUUUUUUUUUUUUACAGUCCUGCAUUUCCGCAGUCAGCCACUAGAGUUCAAUCUAAACCAUUCUGUGCACUAAUCCAGUGCCUUGCCAUUGACUGGGGCUGUACAGUGGUACCUCGGGUUACAUACGCUUCAGGUUACAUACGCUUCAGGUUACAGACUCCGCUAACCCAGAAAUAGUGCUUCAGGUUAAGAACUUUGCUUCAGGAUGAGAACAGAAAUCGUGCUCCGGCGGCACGUCAGCAGCAGCAGGAGGCCCCAUUAGCUAAAGUGGUACCUCAGGUUAAGAACAGUUUCAGGUUAAGUACGGACCUCUGGAACGAAUUAAGUUCUUAACCCAAGGUACCACUGUACAUGCUAUUACACUGAUAACACUCAGAGCCUUGUCACCAGCUGCUUAGCUGUCCAUUUCUCGAACCUGCUGGUUAAGGAGGGCUAAGAUGUCAAGCCUUUGGCAUUAGCUGUGCAGUAGGUGCCAGGGGAAGAUUCACUUUGCCAGUCCAGUGUCAAAUAGCAAAGGUGGCUCCUGCCCAAGAACAGUCACAUGUCAAAACAAUGCUUUUUUUGUUAACGCUUUCCUUUUUGGCUCCUCCGCCUUCCCAUUUCCAGAUGUGACAGAUGAAAUGCUGAGCUUCUUCCUCACCCUCUUUCAAGGGCUGAGGGUGCAGAUGGGUGUGCCUUUCACCGAACAGGUCAUACAGACGUUCCUCAACAUGUUCACCAGGUAACCCGCUCAACUUUCUGUCGCUAAUCUUUUGCUGCUGUUUCUUUGACACAGAACAUGAAUAUGUAAUAAUAGGAUGGAGCUCGCUUUUGAGACUGGUAUGUGGCUCAGAUUUCAGAGGGGACGGGGAAGUCUCUAUGCAUUUACUGCCUGUAAACAAAUGCUCUACAGCUAGACCCAAGUCUUCCUGAAAGCUUAAUUGUUUUUUGUGUUGUGCCCUUAGAGAGCAGCUGGCCGAGAGCAUCCUCCAUGAUGGGAGCACCGGGUGCCGAGUGGUAGAGAAAUUUCUGAGGAUCCUUCAGGUGGUGGUGCAAGAGCCAGGCCAAGUCUUCAAGCCUUUCUUACCCAACAUCAUCUCACUCUGCAUGGAGCAAGUCUACCCAAUCGUUGCGGAGGUAGGGCUGGGCGAGAGACAGAAGGGGAUGGGGCAAGGCAGAAGCUCUUGCAGGGUCCGAAUCAUGGGACAGCAGUGGAGCCACACCCCUGAGAAGCCCUUAGGGCUUCUCUGUAACAGAUGUACACCACUUGGUGGUUUGCAGUCAGAUGCACAAAUAGACUCCUUUAAAAAGGAUCCAUUUUUCAGACACUGCCAAGUGAUCUGUCCUCGGGUGCUUUGUUCACACAUGGUGAGACCAAUGGCAGGGAGGAGGUAGGCAGCAGCCAAACUAUCCGCGGGAAUUAAAAUUGUCAGGAAAGCAAUGGCACUGUUUAUUAUUUUGCUUCCCUGUGGAAAGAAGUGGACUGAAUAUUGCAUGGAAAUAAGCUGCCAUUAAACUUUCAUUGGGUGGAAUAUGGAUUGAAAAUCAGAUGGUCAUCUUACUUUCUUUAAAAUUUUAUUUUUGAGAGGGCCAGUGCUUAAAGGGUGUGCAACUGCAGCACUAACCCAUGACUGCUGCCUUCUUCUGCUGCAUAGCAAACACCUCCCUCUCUGACCAUCCGCCUUGGGCUGUGCUGGUAAUGAGAGCCGUUCUGGCGAUGGGCGUCUGGUGACUCCCUGCGUGCUUUCCCUUUGUCCCCAAGCGAUCCUCUCCCGAUGUGAAAGCUGAACUGUUUGAGCUGCUUUUCCGGGUCCUUCAUCACAACUGGCGGUACUUUUUCAAGUCCAGCAUUCUGGCGAGUGUCCAGAGAGGCGUAGCUGACGAGCAGAUGGAGAACGAAGCACAGUUCAGCGCCAUUAUGCAGGUACCUGGACGGGAGUCGGCUGGUGUUGUCGCUUCCUUGCUUGUGAGGGCCCUGGUGCCUCUGGCUGGCAACUGUAGGAAAUGGGUAACACUGCGAAAUGGGGCUCUGUUCCAAUACAGCAAAAUAGUUAAAAUGGCUUACCGGCUGCAAGAACACAACAGUCCCUGGCUUUCCCAUGAGUCCAAAUGCUGCCCUGACACAUUAAGGGAAGGACCUACUUGAUUUGCAUUGUGUUCCUUGUACACUUUGAAGGCUCAAGACCUUUUCAAAAGAGGCAGUGCUUAGUGCAACUGCAUAUUUUAACUUUGCGACUUCAUAGAGGUGUGGAGGAUGGCGAUGUGAUGGGAACGGCCUGUGUUAUUUUAAGAAAAGCGAGUUAACUCCUUGGUCUGGAUGUUCACGCAAAUCUCUAGCAUCUGCUUUACCAAGUAGCUAUUGUGGAGGCCUCACCUGAACCCUGGAGUUACUCACUGAACCCACUGGAGAAGUUUCUUCUCAAUACACUGUUGUUCCUUCUGUACCCACACUUGUUCCUAAUUCUGUUGUCUACUGAGAGCCUGUUAGUUGUUUGGGGCCAUUCCAGGCAACUCCUGCUCAGGUUCCCUUCUCAUUCCAAGUGCUGAACACUGGUAAUUUGUAAGCAGAAGAUUGCUAAAGAGCUGACAGCUCAGUAGUGGCUGAUUCUAGCCAAGUGCUUCUGGCUGUUGGCCUUCCAGUUGGCUCAUGCUCUUUGGCAGAGGCGCUUCUGCUUAGUGCUCUCUGAAUGUUCUGCAUGGCCCAGGAUGUCUGCUUGCUGCUGCCGCCAUGGUCAAAGUCCAGUCUCUAGUCUAUUCGGCCAUUCUCAAAUUCUUGUUUAACUCCCUGAGAAGUAGGAAAAGCUGCUUGCCUGGCCCUGUUUCCUUCAAAGCCUCAGUCUGUGUUUGGAGGCGGGCCACUGAAUCCCAACCAUUCCUGCUUCAUCUCAUAACUUGAUGCGAGACAGUCUCAAGGAGGUGAGAUUUUACAACAAGAAAACAUCCCUGACACAUCGCUGUCCAGUAUAGAGGUAGCCAGUCUGGAGCCGUCCAGAUGUGGUCAAACUAAGACUCUUCCUCUCAUCAGCCGCAACCAGUGUGGCCAAUGGGCAGGAAUGAUGGAGGGUAGACAAUAUCAGGUUCCUUGUCACUAGUCCAAUGGCUAUUCAAAGAGCUUCUAGUUUUUGGUAACCGCCUUCAAUGUCUAUUGUCCUGAUAGGCUUUUUUCCCUGUUCCAUAGGCAUUUGGCCAAUCCUUCCUGCAGCCUGACAUACACCUUUUUAAACAGAACUUGUUCUAUUUGGAGACUCUGAACACAAAGCAGAAGCUGUAUCACAAGGUAAGCUCCCUGCUUUCCAAUGUAUACAACAGUACAUUCUGUAUCUUGCUUACACAAAGCUCUGGCAGAAGAGGGACAGUUCAGAAGGCUAGCAAUUCUGGUUCUUCCUGCUUUAUUGCCCCCUAGUGGUCCAUACACUCGGGUGCUCUCCUCGCUGGAGUUGCUGUUGCUUACGUGUUGGAAGAGCAUAGGCCUGGCUUGUGUCAUAAAUUAAAUUGGCCAGUGCAGAGAGGAACAAGAAUUUCGCUCAGGCAGAACAAGGAAACUAAUUCUCCUUCAACUUGGAGAGGGAAACGGCAAGAGCUUUUUUCUAAUGCCUGUGUUGAAUACGCUGCUCCCAAAACCACUGCCCAAAAUGCCCAGUGGCGGGUGGCUUGCAGAGGAUCAGGUACAUUGAAUGAGCAUGUCAGAGACCCAGGAAAACUGGGCCCCUAGAUACGCUGUAGGCAUUGUGACAGGACUCUUUGUCAUUGUUUAAUCAUAGCAGAUUUUACCCACAUUUUCAUUGUGAGUGCCACAUUAUCACAAGAGCUAACCGUUUUAAAUGUUGUGCAAGCUUGCUAGGGCAGGGGUGUUCAGCUGGUGGAGUGGUGAAUGCCAAGUUGCCAGGGGUUUUCACUUACCUCUGCAUCCAUGGAGGUGAAUGAACCCUGCACUGGACCCUGGAGGUGUGGCAUAAUUCAGCUGUCAUGAGCCACUGAAACAAGGCCUAUCAGAUGGUCCUUUGCAGAGCACCUCGCAGCUUCACUGAUCCCCCAGAGCUGCUGUUUUUCUGAGCACCUCAGGAGCUUGCUGAACACCCUUGUUCUCUUUCCCCACAGAAGAUCUUCCGGACAACCAUGCUUUUCCAGUUUGUGAAUGUCUUGCUUCAGGUACUGGUCCAUAAAUCACACGACCUCUUGCAAGAGGAAAUUGGCAUAGCCAUCUACAACAUGGCCUCCGUGGACUUUGAUAGCUUCUACUCGGCCUUUCUCCCGGGGUUCUUGGCCAGCUGCGAUGGUGUGGACACCAACCAGAAAAACGUGCUUGGAAGGAACUUCAAAAUGGACAGGGUGAGGCUGGCUUGGAGCUUUCAGGUGGGGUUGUUCUGUACGGACAGACUGACAACACACACACCCGUGUCCCAAAUAGAACUUCCUUGAACUAUAAUGUUUUAUUAUUGAAUGAGAACAUAAGAAGGACCCUGAAACUGAAUCAGACCAAAGUGGUUCAGCAUCUAGCUCAGCAUCAUCUUCUUACCAUAGCCUACCUUAACAAGCCACAGUUCCCAGGGUCCUUUGGGGGAAGCCAUGAUUAUUUAAGGUGAUAGGUCCCAUUUGCACUACACAUUUAAAGAGGUCUCAAAGAGGAAGGGAAGCUCUCAGAGUAAUGGCUGGUUCGGGACUGUGUGUCCCAUCAGACUGCACCUUCUCGUGGCUUCAUGCAGAGAGUUUCUCCUGCCUGAAACCCUGGAAAGCUGCUGCCAGCCAGUGCAGACAGUACUGAGCAAAAUGGGUCAACAGCCUGACUGUGGAUAUAAGGCAGCUUCUGGGGGGUGACAUUGCUUUUGUUCCGGGGCUGCUCACUACAAAGGUUUCUAUUUCCCUUAAAAACUUGGCUCUUCCUUCAUAAGACUUCAUGGUGACAUUUCAGGCUGUCUCACACCCACACAACCUAGUUGAAAUUAGCUGAAUAAAAUGGCCCCAGAUUGUUGAAAACAGAGCCAGGAGAUAUUUGGAAGUGUUUGGGCAAGGUUGGUGCCAUUGCAUACCCUAGUGUCAACACUCCUUUGGGGCAAAGAACUGGAAGGAUUGGUUAAUCUUGUUGUUGUUGUCCUAACCGUUGGCUAUCUCUUCUCUCCCAUGUCUCCCCACCACCCCUUUUCCAGGACCUGCCCUCAUUUACGCAGAACGUGCACAGGCUGGUCAACGACCUGCGCUACUACAGACUCUGCAACGACAGUUUGCCCCCUGGGACCGUGAAGCUAUAGUUCUGGGCACCGACUCUGGUUCGAAUCCCUGUCGUGAGCGGACCUGUGCUCCUCGUGUUGCCGCUGCCUCCGCUCCCCGAUCUCACCAGGCCGGCUGGAUACAGAAGCACCUCCCCCGUGGGCCCCCGUGCCUGGGAGAGCUGCACGCUGUGCCCCCACCCUUGUCCAUUCCCCUUCCAGCUCCUCCUCGCAGCUGAGCUGGGGCAGCUCUGUGUCCUACAGGGUGUCUCGAGGCCCACUUGCAGGCCGUUCCUCUAUAGCUGGAUGUUUUCGUCUUAAUACUGUGGCAUUUGCAGAUUUGCAGGUUCCGGUGACUGGUCUUGUGCAUCAAUCAUGAGGCAGAAACGCCAAAGACUACUUCAGAUGUUCCCACCUUCACAUCAUUCCACCUGCCUCCCUCCCCUCCUGCACCUGGCUGUUGGGGAGGGGAACAUCCCAUCAACUUUUUGUUUUUAAUUGCCUUGAAGCCUCCCCUGCCAUCGGUGGGGAGACAGACGGACAGACAGACAGACAGACAGAGCUCUGUUUUCGUGGGGUUUUUUUAAAGAAAAGUUUUUUCUCAUCAUUCCAUUGUGAUACUAAAAUGUGCUUAAUGGAAAUAAAAAAAGUGCUUACUUUGUUGUUUUA